CACAUAAAGCUAAGCUAUAUCAUCAGAUACAGACACCUCCACCACACCCACCGUCACUCUCUCUCUUCUCUCUAGAAAUCUCUCUCUCUCUCUAGAAAAAUUACUGUUAAAUCUUCUCAUCUCAUCUUUUUGCCACACAAUCUUUGAAUAAUCAUGGCUGUUUUAGUGUAUUUACUGCUUUUAUUAGCACUUACUGGCCAUUCAAGUGGGUUAUACUGCAUAUGCAAGGAUGGAGUAGGUGAUGCUCAGCUGCAAAAGAGUAUAGAUUAUGCUUGUGGAGCUGGGGCUGAUUGUACACCAAUUCUUCAAAAUGGGGCUUGUUUUCAACCCAACACUAUAAAAGAUCACUGUAAUUAUGCUGUUAACAGCUAUUUUCAGAAAAAAGGUCAAGUUGUUGGCAGCUGUGAUUUUUCUUCAACUGCCACUACUAGUGCUAACCCCCCUUCAACUGCAGUUUCUACCUGUGUUUAUCCUAAUUCUCCAGGCAACUCAGGGACUCCAAAUACCGGCACACCAGGCACCAGUACACCAGGAACCGGCACUCCGAAUACCGGCACACCAGGCACCGGGACUGGCACGGGCACCGGGACAGGAACCGGAACCGGGACUGGGACGGGAACUGGUACAGGAGUAACCCCAACUCCAUUCAUAGGACCAGGAUUAGGCCCAACAGGAAGUGGGAAUGGGUUUGACAACAGUGGUAAUGGUGUGGCUUCUAUUCAAGCCAUUUCUGGUUUGAUCUUUGUGUCUCUAACUUCAGGACUAUUCUUGCUGCUGUGGGAUUGAACAACAAAACUGUGAAAUGGGGUUUGAUGUGUGGAUGAGAUUUUGGCAUGGUUGGAUGGGUAGACAUGUAAUUUUCCUCAUUGGGAUAUCAUCCAUAGGCAAACCCUGCUAGGGUUUUUUUGGUUUGUUUUGUUUAUUUGGUGGAAGAAAAAAAGAAAAGCAUUGGGAAUUAGAUUCCCUAUUCCCAAUUGAGUGGUGAUAUGACAUGACACCAUACAACUCAACCUAAUCUUCUGCUUUUUCUGUUCCUUUGUAUAUCUAGAGAGGUAGAACUGUAGUAGUAUUUUUUUGUUUAACCUACCCUACUUUUAAUUACCACUAUUAUUUAUCA